UUCACCACGUGUCAUUCUCCUACAGGCCACCGACGCAUUUCUCAGAACAAGUCAUAAAAGUAACACCCCAUACAUAAAAUACACCCCUCACGCUAACUUACGCUUCUUCUCCUUCAUUCAAACACCCCCUAUUUCUUCAUUCCAAUCAUGCAUUGUUAAUGGUCAAUUUUUAUCCAAACGGCUUCAUCAAUGGAGAAAGCAGGUUACGUGUUUAAACAAACACGUAUUUGUAUAGUAGUGUUCACUUGCUCGGUAUUUUGGAUAUGUUUAUUCUACUUCCAUUUUAAUGGGUUCGAAACUAAAGCUUUCUGGAUUAUGAAUCAAUCCAGGGUUCCACCACCUGCAAAAGUUGUGAAUCAAGGGGACACCAAAGCGGUUAUUUCUCAAACCGAAAACGUGACAAGUGUGUCAUCUUUCAUGAAGACUAUGAUUUCUUCAGAUAACAAGAGUGAUCCUAGUGUGUCAUCUUUCAUGAAGACUAUGAUUUUUGCAAACAACAAGAGUGAUCCUUGUGGUGGAAGAUACAUAUAUGUGUAUGAUCUUCCAUCACGGUUUAAUGAUGAUAUGAUGAAGGAUUGUGGGAGUAUUAACAAAUGGUUUGAUAUGUGCAAGUUCACUACUAAUUGUGGGCUUGGGCCGAAAUUGAACAAUACUGAAGUAGGUGUGUUUUCGGAUGAAGGUUGGUUUGCCACUAAUCAAUUUACGGUUGAUGUUAUUUUCUACAAUCGAAUGAAACAGUACGAAUGCUUGACGAAUGAUUCGUCGAUAGCAGCCGCUGUUUUCGUCCCGUUUUACGCUGGUUUUGAUGCUGCAAGAUACCUUUGGGGGUAUAAUGUUUCGGUAAGAGACGCUGCGUCUCUUGAUCUUGUUGAUUGGUUGCAAAAGAGGGAUGAAUGGAAGGUUAUGAAUGGAAGAGAUCAUUUUCUUGUUGGUGGUAGGAUUACUUGGGAUUUUAGAAGAUUAACCGAUGAAGAAACCGAUUGGGGGAACAAGUUCUUGUUCUUACCGGCUGCAAGAAACAUGUCGGUUUUGUUAAUCGAAUCGAGCCCGUGGAACUCGAACGAUUUUGCAAUUCCGUACCCGACUUAUUUCCAUCCGUCGAAAGAUUCGGAUAUUUUCGAUUGGCAGGAUCGGAUGAGGAAGUUGGAGCGGAAGUAUUUGUUUUGUUUCGCGGGUGCUCCUAGACCCGAUAACCCUAAAUCGAUUCGGAGUCUUUUGAUCGACCAGUGCAAGAAUUCGAGUGUCGGGAAGCUUUUGGAAUGCGGGUCCGAUGAAAGUAAGUGUCAUUCGCCGAGUAAUGUGAUGAAGAUGUUUCAAAGUUCGGUUUUUUGUUUGCAACCACAAGGGGAUUCGUAUACACGAAGAUCGGCUUUUGAUUCGAUCUUGGCGGGUUGUAUACCCGUGUUUUUUCAUCCGGGUUCGUUUUACACACAAUACACUUGGCAUUUACCAAAAAAUUAUACAAAAUACUCGGUUUUCAUCCCCGAGGAUGAUAUUCGAAGGAAUAUAAGUAUCGAACAACGCCUUAGCAAAAUUGAUCCUAACAAGAUCAAUGAGAUGAGGGAUGAGGUUAUAAACUUGAUCCCGAGGUUGAUUUAUGCGGAUCCGCGAUCCAAACUGGAGACAUCGAAAGAUGCAUUUGAUGUAUCCGUGGACGCGAUUAUUCGCAAGGUGACAAAACUGAGACAAGACAUGAUUGACGGGCGUACGGAUGAUGAUUUUAUUGAAGAACUUAGUUGGAAAUACGCGUUGUUAGAAGAAGGGGAGUAUAUUGGCGUUCACGAAUGGGACCCGUUUUUCGCUAAACAAAAACCGGACAAUGGAAACUCAAAAUAGGUCGUGUUUUCUAGAGAUACAACAAAGAAUUCUUAGAUGAUUGUGUUUACUUGAUGUAUGAAGCAAAGUUGUUACUAUUUUUCAAUUUUUUUUAUAUAAAAAAGGAAUUAUUAUAAGGUAAA